GGCGGGAGAAGUGUGGACUAAAAAUUUCCAGUUCCUUCCAUCUCCCUUUUUCCGCUUCGCUUCGCCGGAGAAGGAAGCCGGUCUCUCACCUUCGUAGCCCUCCUGGCAAUCUGUCUCUGUCGCUCUCUCUUUCUGUGAGCGCUGAUUUAGUAAGCCCUAGGAUUUCGCACUGGACUAUCAUAAUUGACGAGGAUGGGGAGGAGAAAUUGCCACUGAGGCUUCUGCCAAGUCCGCUUGACGGGUCGUCUCUGGCGGCGAAUCCAGUCAUUGGCUUGGUUCCGUUCUGUAUUAUGAAGAGGAGGGAGGUCUUCGGGUCGUUUCAGGUGUAGAAAUAGUAGAAGGAACAAUAGAAGUGUAAUAUAUGCGAAAAUUUGUUUAUGGUGUUCUUAGUGAACCCACCUGCGAUUACCGUCAUCUGUGGCUUUUCAUAGGCUUCAUCCCAUGUGUAAACGAAAUGUGUAAUACGACUCGUUCUCAUUCGGGGCAUGUUGAGAGCAGUCACCUCUUGCAGAGCCCUACUGAUCUGCUUGACUCGGGCUCACCAUUCGGCAUGUGUCCAAAAUCCAAGCUGGGUCUCAGAAAACAAACUGUUCUCCAGCCAUCCUCGCCUUCAGAUUCUGGAACAAUGCCAGUCGCUUGGGCAGCUCAAAGAGGUACUCUGCUACAUCAUCACUGCAGGGCUCAGCCAUGACCAUUUUGCUAUGAGCCGUGUCCUCUAUUUCUGCGCUAUCACCUCCCCAAAUCUGGACUUUGCGUGCCUUGUUUUCAGUCAAAUAGAGAGGCCUAACAGCUUCUCAUGGAACACGAUGAUCAGGGGGUUUGUUUCCAGUGGACAACCAGUGAUGGCACUCUCUCUUUAUUCCAGAAUGCUUCGUGAUGGCAUGUUGCCUGAUAAAUAUACAUACCCGUUUCUCUUCAAGGCUUGUGGAUCUCUAGCUAGGAAUGGUCUGGUGCUAGGGAGAUCACUCCAUUGUCAUGUUUUGGAACUUGGGUAUGCAUUGGAUCUGUAUGUUCUAACUGGGACCAUGCACAUGUAUGGGCUGUUAGGUUGUCUAGGGGAAGCAACGAAAGUGUUCGAUAAUAUGCCGCAGAGAGAUGUGGCUUCUUGGACUAGCCUGAUCACCUGCUACGUUGCUAAUGAUUGUUGGGAAGAGGGGUUAUUGGCGUUCAACUUGAUGAGGGAUGAUUGCGUGAAGCCAAAUUCAGCGACAUUGGUUUGCGUCAUGGGCUGUUGUGCUCAGCUGGGGGCAUUGGAUCAGGCACGAUGUUUGCACUCGGUUUUGGAGAAAUUGAGCAUCAAAUUUGACGUCUUUGUUGGCAAUUCUCUUGUUGAUUUGUAUUCCAAAUGUGGGAGGAUAGAUUAUGCUUGUCAAGCCUUUGAUGAAAUGCCCAACCGAGACUCAUUCUCAUGGACUGCCAUGAUCGCUGGACUUGCGAUGCAUGGGCUUAUCCAGGACGCCCUUGAUACGUUCUCACAAAUGAAGCAUGAAGGAGCUGAGCCGGAUGCAGUCACUUUUGUGGCAAUCCUUGGUGCUUGCAGCCAUGCUGGUCUAGUGAAUGAGGGUCUGAAAUACUUUGCUUGCAUGAAAAAAGAACACAAAAUUGUGCCUGAUGUCAAGCACUAUGGCUGCAUGGUUGACCUCUUGAGUAGAGCUGGACUUCUAGACAAUGCACUGGACUUCAUCAGAUCGAUGCCGGCUGACCCCGGCUUGGCUGUAUGGGGAGCUCUGCUUAGCGCAUGCAGACUUCACAGUAACAUUGAAGUAGGUGAACUAGCUGCCAAAGAAAUUGAGUCAUUACCAGAUUUUGGAGGAGCCCAUGUAUUGUUGUCCAACAUCUAUGCUAAUGCAAGCCAAUGGGAUGCAGUUUCAAACUUGAGGCACAAAAUGGGAGAUCAGGACACAAGGAAACCUCCUGGUUACAGCUCCAUCGAGCUCAGGGGUGUGGUUCAUGCGUUCUUUGUGGGAGACAGAACACAUCCUCAAUCUCAUGAGAUAUACCACAUCCUUGAUGACUUAACGCUCAAACUGAAGUUGCAUGAUUGCGUAUCAUAUUGAUUCGUAUUGCAGAUUCACUGAUGGUCUAGUGCAAGCCAAGGUUGAUGAAAGAAACUCGUGCAACAUUAACCAGAAAUACAAGAAUAAUUUGUGUAAAUUUUUCAUUACAUGUAAAGGAACGGAAGAUGAGUAAAUUGGACUAUCUUUCUACUGGAUCAAAAAACAUGACCAAGCAUUAGUUAGAUAAUGGAGCAUGCGUAGUUUCCAGUAGGCACCAGUGAUCUACUGGUAGAAUAGCGGUACAGACCCGGUUCGAUUGCCAAAUGGUGCAUCGUUUUUUCUUCCUCUCUCCUUUCUGCUUCAUAUACCUUUUGCACUUGGGGAGCAGGCUUCCUCAAGCACCAAAAUAUACUGAACACUGUCAGGGCACUCAGAAAUUUCUCAACUAUCAUGUUUUGACAGUUUUGUGUACCUUUCACAUUCUGAAAGAGACGUCCUCAAAGGCCAAGUACUGUCAUUGGACUCUUGGAGGU